AUGGGGUUCAUCGACGGAAUUUCGGGGAACCUCAACAACAUCAGCAUGCCAUCGGUGGGGUCGGAUGUCGAUCCUUUCAAGGUCGCGGCGGGCUUAGCCGUCGCCGUCGGGGUCGCCGCGAUCGGCGGCGUCGCUGCAGCAGUGACGGUGGGAGGCAUCAUCGUUCUCCGAGAGCAGGGCCAGUUCAUGCUGCCAUGGGAGGACAAACCCAAGGCUGUCAGGCCAGCGCCGCUGACAGUGCAGCAGUGGAGGGACUGCUUUGACGACGCCACCGGUCGCUUGAAGGGCGGCGGCGAGACGGCUAUCGGCCGUGUCCGGCUUGGGGGAUGCGACGCAGAGAUCAGAGCCGAGGUCUGGCCGUUCCUCCUUGGCCUGUACGAGGCGGAGAGCACGGAGGCGGAGAGAGCGCAGCUGCGCGCGCAAAGGCGCGUGCUGUACGAGGAGAUCCGCGCGAUUGCGGCGCGCGUGGCGGUGAUUGCGCGGCAGGCGGAAGAAGAGGCGACGAGGAGGAUGAAGGAGGAGGAGGAGCGGGAGGAAAGGGAGGAGCGGGAGAGGGAAGAGAGGGAGAGGAAGGAAAGAGAGGAGAGGGAAAGGGAGGAAAGGGAGAGGGAGGAGAGAGGGGAAAGGGAGGGGGAGGAGUCGGAGAGAGGAAGGAGCAACGAAGGCGGCAGCAGUCAGGGGGAGGUCAGGUCCAGCGACAGAGGGGAUAAUGGCGGCGCUGGUGAUGGAAGUGAGAGUGGAAAUGGCGACGGUAAUGGUAGCAAUGGUGGCGAAAACAGUGGUGUUGGUAACGCGAGCGACGACGAGUUCAGUGAUGCGGUGUGCGUUGACUCCGCGUGCGCCAGCCUGUCCGUGUCCACCGAGUCUUUCGUGGAUCGAAUAAUGCGGUUGGAUGCGGUGCGAAUGAACGCCGCGUGGAUUCCAUACUCCACCCAAAAGGCUUUCCCCCCGGAAGAAGCAAUGGAGGCGGCAGCAGCCGCUGGCCUGCCGGAACACGGACACCUGUCUCCGCCCCAACGGCUGCAUGCCGCCCGGCUGGUGGCGAUUUUGGAGGCAUAUGCGGUGUAUGAUCCCGAGGUGGGGUAUUGUCAGGGCAUGAGCGAUCUGCUAUCCCCGUUUGUAGCUCUUUUGGAGGAGGAUUCGGAGGCGUUUUGGUGCUUCGUGGCGUUCAUGCAGCGAGGGGAGGCAGGGGAGGAUUGCGAGUGGGAGAAGGUAGAAGCAGAGGAGGCAGAGGACAAGGGACGUGGGGAGGGCGAGCGCAAGGGAGCGGAGGGAGAGGAGGGGGAAAGGGAGGGCUGGGAGAGGGACGACGAGAGUGCCCCUCUGCUGGACAACGGAUGGGGCGGCGCUUUUGGCUGGGCGGCUGGUGAUAAGAGCUCUGUUCGCUCUGACGUCACCACCACCACCACUGCUGCUGCUGCCAGUGCCACAAGCAGCAGCAGCAGCAGCAGCAUCAGUGCUCGUAACAAGUCUGCAGGAAAUGUUACAAGCAGAGAUACAAGUAGAGACAUGAGCAGGGAUGCGAGCAGGGUGAGUGGCAGUAGGAGGAAGAAGGCGUGGCAGGAGUGCCGCCCGCGCCCAGACUUCCUGCUCUUUGUGGUGGCGGCUAUUCUGGUGAGCCGCAGGGAGCAGGUGCUGUGCUGCCAGGGGCUGGACGGGGUGCUUCUUUUGUGCAACUCUUUGUCGGGGCAGCUGGACGUGUGGGAGCUCAUGCACUGCGCCAGGCAAUUGGCUGCUCGCCUGCCUUAA